GUGUUACUGAACACGCGGCAAUCAAAGGGCUCUUUGCGUGUGCGGGUUUCAUGUCGAGGUACGAAGACAUAGCGAGCGGGACAUUGCAGAGACGGUGAAAGAGUAGUGAAGCCGGAUGAAGUGGGAAGAGCAGGAGGCGGUUCGCACUCACCAUGUGGGAUCGAGUCUUGCCAUGAUGCCUGCCCGCAAACUCGGUGUCCGAGUCUUUGCCUCCAAGCUGAGGCUUGAGGUGAGAAGGCAAUGCGCUCUUGAUUGCCUGGGCCAUUGUCAAGGGAGAGAAACAGAAGCGUGUCUAGAAAUUUUGGUUAGAGCACGAGUGAUGCAAUGGCUGAAUAGUCGAGGGAGAGGGAGAGAAAAGGGUCGGGCCAGAGUGCCGCGAUGGUUGUAUAUGAGAAGCUCAAGAGAGGGGAAAAGUAGGUGAGGAAAAGCCAAGGUUUUGACGGCUUCCCCCUGGGGAGGUAGGUAGGUACAUGUACGCUGAGAAACGGCGGGUAGGUGAGGGGCAACAGGGGGCGAGG